GAUAACCCGUCACAGUCCCAUCUACCCCUAGGGUUUCCGUGCUCUCCUGGGUUUGCUAGGAACCUCCUGGAAUCUUCUGAGGUAUUCUCCACUACUGACCAAAGAUAAAGUGGACCUACCUCAAAGAGUGAGCACUUCCUUUGACUCUUUAUCUCUGGAACCCUCCUGGUCAUGCAGUUGCUAAUGAGAUCCCAGGUGCUCCGAGGCCUUUGGGUUUCCUGGCCAAUCUAUGGUUCCCUUCACCCUCAUCCUAGGCAUCUCCUUGCCCGGCCUUUCUCAAGGACAGAGACACCACAAUGGGGAGACUAUGAAAUCCCCAAAGAAUUUAAUUUUGCCAGUGAUGUGAUGGAUCACUGGGCACGUAUGGAGAAGGAGGGCAAAAGAGACCCACUCCCUGCCCUGUGGUGGGUGAAUGACAAAGGGGAUGAAGUGAAAUGGAACUUCCAGGAACUGGGUGACUUGACCCGACAGGCAGCCAACGUUUUAACGGAGACCUGCGGCCUGCAGAGGGGAGACCGAGUAGUGGUAAUCCUGCCCCGGAUUCCUGACUUGUGGCUGGUGACAGUGGGCUGUAUGCGGGCAGGUCUUGUCUUCCUACCUGGAACGAUCCAGUUGACAGCCAGAGACAUCCUCUACCGGCUGCAGUCAUCAAAAGCCGAAUGCGUUGUGACCAAUGAAACCUUGGCCCCGGCCGUGGAUUCUGUGGCAUCUGACUGCCCCCGGCUGAAAAUCAAGCUUCUAGUAUCCGAGAAUAACCACGAUGGGUGGCUGGACUUUAAGACACUGCUUAAAGCCGCAUCUGUGGACCACGCUUGUGUAAAGACAAAAAUGCAAGAGCCUAUGACUAUCUUCUUCUCCAGUGGAACCACAGGCCCUCCCAAGAUGGUCAUGCAUACCCCUGAGCUUGCACUGAGAUCAUGCCUCCCAUCCACCAGGCAAGUCAAGAAACUUACAAGUUCUGAUGUCUCAUGGUGCGUGUCAGACCCUGGCUGGAUUCUUUCACUUCUGGAAUCAGCACUAGAACCUUGGAACAUAGGAGCCUGCAGCUUCAUCCAUCACAUGCCCCAGUUCAACCCUGAGACCAUUUUAAAGACUCUUUCCAGAUACCCCAUCACUUGCAUGAUAGCUGCCCCAUCAGUAUAUCGAAUGCUUCUACAGUUCGAUGUUUCCAGUUACAAAUUCCCAACCUUGAAGCAUACUGUGUCUGGUGGUGAGACACUGUUACCUGAAGAGUUUGAGAAGUGGAAAAAAGCAACAGGCCUGGCUAUCCAUGAAGUGUAUGGACAGUCAGAAACGGGACUAACUUGUGCGGUGCCCAGGGGAAUGAAGAUCAAGAAAGGCUCUAUAGGGAUAAGUAUUCCGCCCUUUGACAUGCAGAUCAUAGAUGAGAAAGGCAAUAUCCUUCCCCCAGGGAUAGAAGGGGACAUGGCCAUCAGGAUCAAACCUACUAGACCCACUGGCAUGUUCUCUGGCUAUGUGGACAAUCCAGAGAAGACUUUGUCAUCAGAACGCGGUGACUUUUACAUCACAGGUGACAGAGGCAGUGUAGAUGAAGACGGCUAUUUAUGGUUCCUUGGUCGAACUGAUGACAUCAUUAAUGCUUCAGGGUACCGGAUUGGUCCCUCUGAAGUUGAAAAUGCUCUGGCAGAACACCCAGCUGUGGCAGAAUCAGCAGUCAUUGGCAGCCAAGACCCACUCCGAGGAGAGGUGGUGAAAGCAUUUGUGGUCCUGACCCCGGAGUUUAGGUCCCAUGACCCUGAUCAGCUGACUCGGGAGCUGCAGCAGCACGUUAAGAAUAUUACUGCCCCCUACAAGUACCCCAGGAAGGUGGAGUUUGUCCCAGCCCUGCCCAAAACCAUCACAGGGAAGAUCAAGAGGAGCGAACUCCAGAAAAAUGAAAAGAGGCGAAAUCUGUGAUCUACUUCUGGGCUCCAUCUCAAUCCGUUGGAACCUGUGUCUCUCUUAAGUGAAGUCUUUGUCAGUUACAUGCAAGCAUUUAAGCAAUAUUAGGCUGGAAUAAAAGAGAUCAGGGCAAUUGUUCUCUUCCCGGCUUUA